CACCUGUGUCCUGAACUGUCCCCCGCUGUGUGCACCGACCACCCGUGUCCUGAACUGUGCCUGAAACUGUCCCCUGUGUGCACCGACCACCCGUGUUCUGAACUGACCACCCUGUUGUGUGUGCGCACUACCACCCGUGUCCUGAACUGCCACCCUGUUGUGUGUGCGCUUACCACCCGUGUUCUGAACUGACCACCCCACCCUGUUGUGUGUGCUGCUUACCACCCGGAGUGUCUUGAGCCAUCACUACCCGUUGAGUCCCCGUGAACCCAAUGACCCUAGAAAGCUGGGUGAGAGCUGUGCUGUGGCCAGUCUCCACAGCUAGAGUCCCGUUGAAUCCCCGAGGCCCCUGCCCAGUGGUAGGUUGCCGCCUGUUGCCUGAGGCCCCUGCCCAGUGCUAGGUUGCCGCCUGUUGCCCGAGGCCCCUGCCCAGUGGUAGGUUGCCGCCUGUUGCCGCCUGUUGCC